AGAGUUUCGCAACAUGACAACUAUCUGCCAUAUGUGGCUAGUCCUAGUACCACCAUCAAUGCGACUUACAGUUACAUGCAGUUAUCUCGUACGAGGCAUUCUUCUUUCUUUCUCAAAUAAAGGCAUCAGCAUGUAACUAGCGUCGUGUUGCUUUACUUUUUUGAACGGGAUGUAACUCAAAAGCAAAAAAUCUUUUCUUGCGGCGUGGUCCCGUAUCGGAGCUAGUGUCGUCACGCGCUACCCCCUCUUUGCAUCCGGCCAGAAUAAUUCGCACACGGUAGAAGUUCUGCGCGAACGAGAACGGUAGCGUAGGAAAACACCUUGGAGCUGCACUUCCACUUCGUGGGUCUUUUGUGGAGCUGCGCCAGCUCCUGCCUAAAAGUUCUUGCGCGUGUGGGCCCACGACUCUCCCUGCUGCUGGUCGACGUGCUGGGAUCAUAGUUAGAAAGAUAACAUGCUGCCUGGUGCAUCUGCUCCUGCCCCUGCUGUCGGAGUUGUGCAGAGCGGACAACUUCCACCGUCAGCUCGACCAAGCGCGAAUGCAAAUAACAGACCAAGGCCUUUUCCGGCGGGUCUGGAAACCUCCACGCGGUCUUCACAUCUGGAACAAGCAGGAGUACCGAUUUUUGCUGCCCUCGCACCCUCCGCACGUCAAGGACAGUCGAUGAUCGUCACAUCCACGCCUGGGGCGCUUUCGGCAUCGAGCGCGUCAUCUAUGAGAGUGCACCACUACUCCCCUUUCCCUUGUUCAUUUACAUUUGUCAAGCAAUGUCCAGCCUUGGCAAGACUGGACUUCACAAUUGCUUUUGGCAGUGUGUCCAUGACAGAUUCCAGCAGCCCAAGCAGCACUGCAAUCCUGUCGUGUGGAUUUUUUGUAUAUGCAAAAGCUGCACUUUUACUUACACUUCGUAGUGCUGUAGUUCAGGCACUACAAAUGAGGGGGAUUAUUUGUGCACUGUCAUAUCAUCUUCAUCUGCCCCUGCGACCACGACUGGCGACGGACCUUCGAACGUGGCAGAAUCUGCUGGCACAACCUCGGUCGCCAGUACAACAACCACUGGCAAUCGCGCACGCAGGGAGCCGAGGCGAGGGCUAUUUGCAUCUGCCACCCGACGUACAUUUUUUUGAGUUUUAUUCAAGGCCAGCCGUUUACUCAGUACGUAAUUUUGGAUUUGCGUCGUUUGCCACGCGUAAGAAGGCCGUGCGCCACCUCGUCUUGUCUUUCACGUAAAAACAAAAGGGAAAGACCAUAUUACCGGAGUAGAGCUACUGGUAGAGGAGUUAGGUUUUUGCUUGUGGUUGGAUGUGCUGCUGUCAUGGAACUGCAAUACACUCUUGAAUUGUACUACUGCGAUCGCGUCAGCGUCACUAGAAAUGGAUCCAAAAAGAAAAAGAUCCAGUUCCAAGUUGAUUCAACAAAUAAGAUAUAAGAUUUUUGUGAGUGGCGCUAAUGCUAAACAAAAUUUUUUUAUUUUAGCCAACCCCAGGAUUUAUAUAUCAUUUUAUCUAUAUAUUGAAAUUUAUUAGUCUCCGUGAGUGUCUAAGUCUACUAUUGCAUUACAGGUACGCCUGCAGUCGCACUGCCCCCAGGUCGAGGCGAUUCGUGCUUUUUGAACUGGAACCUGGAUCAGCAUCAGCUUACCGAAAGAGCGCAACAGCAAAUUGCAGAAACGCGACGAGCGCGGUUGGAAGAGACCUACAAAGCCCAUGUUCUGGCGGCAACCAGCGACUCCGAUUCCGAGUUCGGCAGGGGUAAGAACGAUCACCAAGAAGAGGGCAGCGGCGAUGGUCAAGGCGAUCUACUGCAUAUGCGAAAUCAUGCACACGUUUCGCCAGGCGGCACACCCGGAGAGCCAGCAGCUGCUGAGGCGUCCUUUGCUGGUAAGAUAGAGAUUAUACGGAAGCGAAGCAAGACUCUAUGGGCAUUCUGCCCCGGCUCGUCCUUUUGCGUUUGUUGUCCGUAUGUUCUCUGUUAUUUAAACACAUAGGUAUAUAAAAGAGAAUGUUAUGGACAUUUCAUAGCACCACAAGCACAUUCAAAUAUGUCUGGGUCUGGAGAGUUGUGAUGUUGAGCCCUGGAUAAAUGAACCCUUUCCACCAAGCGCUGCCAAGCAUGACAAGUUUUUAGGGAGAUUUCUUGUAGGUAGUUCGCGGCAUUACAGAUUGUGUCUCAGCAUGACCUAAAAAUCACCGCUUUUGCUGGUCAUGCAUAACAGAUUUUGCUGGAGUUUAAGCCAAGCAUCAGAAGUUCCGCCUCUACCGACGCAGACAUAGUUUUGUUUGCAACUAGGCGUAAAUCAUUGAACUCAUGCAUCACAAGCUCAAGCGUAAUAUAAACUUCUGAGGUGCCACCUUCACUUCCAACGACAAAGUAAAGAUUCCGGGAGAUAGCGUCGUCCGCGUCCCGCCGAGCCACAUGAUCAACGCGGUUGGGGACGAAAAUGAAUCGGCGUUCGUGGGUGACAACGGACAAAGCAACAGUAGGCGACGUAAGAAGGCGACAGAAGUUCCGGUCCAGAGACUUUCUCCCCGAGGUGUGUCACGCAUUUUCUCGACUUUGUCUUUGUGUGUCGUUUCCUAUUUUGAUACUACGAUACAGUUACAGGAGAACUAGUCCAGCUGUGCAUCCCUUGAAUCCGUCGUGCCGAAAUUAUUGGCCGCCUCUGAAAUAGGUAGUCACUACUUGUUUUUUAUUCUUUGUCAUGCUAAUUUGUAUGCCUCUCUUACUCUUUGUUUCCUUUGUACUCCGAUACACUUACAAACAAACUUUUUAGGUCGUGUUUUUUCCGCCGCGUCGCCCGAAGACCGCGACGGGGAAGAGACGCCGUCGCCGGGGAAGUCCCGCCGGCUUGUCCCACCACCGCGCCCUUUUGGUCUUUUUGACAAGAGUAAGCCCGGACACGUCGACGCGACGCGGAGCGUUAGCGGGAAGGCAGAAGGCCACGACAACAAGGACAAAGAAGCUCACCAAGUGCGUCCAGAUCUAGAUCUUGCGCACGUGCCACAAGAUCCUGCAGCGCCCGGAGGCGAGUCAGGGCCGCCAGCUCCUCCAGUUGGAGUUACGGUGAAGGCAGGUGGACGCGCCGAGGACGCAGGGGAAAAGCGAAGGGCGCAGGAGAGUGCCUCGCGUCAGAGUGCCGUGGGCCUUCCGAUAGGGUUACCUCCGGCGCCGCCCCGCCUCUCUACCCCAGCAGAAACGCAGCAGGAUGCAAAGCGAGCCAGUGGAGCAAAACCGGAAACGAAAUUACGUACAUACUACUGACAAUGUCUUGAUUUUCGUGUCUGUAUAAUAGAUGUUCAUGUUGAUGUAGUCAGGAGAAGAUUGAGAAUCAUUUUUGUGGAGUUUGGAUUGUUCGAUAAUAAAUAUGAUGACUAACUUUGUGUUUGCUAUCGAUCGUGCUAAAGCUAAUGACGAAGGAUUGUUGAAGAAAAUUAGGAAAGACCAACUCACUGUCUCUCUACAUCUGUACAGAUCUUUCACUUUUUUAGACAUCAACUUACUGGUCGUGGCAUUGUCCUCGAUUGGAUCACCAUCUUGCUUUCGACUUGUUUCACAGUCGGCAAUGACAACGGCGCGAAUCAUGGUGGCAAGAUAGAUGUCAUCGCAGCUGCUGGUGCGGUUGUCCAGAAGAGGCCAACCUACUACAACAACCCCCCCUACGACGAAGAGACCGGGCUUUUUGGCGGCGGUCAGUGGUGGACUCCGUUUGCGGACGACACGACGGCAAGGUGGUGCAAAGUUUGUGGAAAUCCGCACGCAACAACGCUGCUGAAACCAACAUACGAGUACGACGCGGAAACCACAAAAUCUUGCAACGAUGUUAGCAACAUCACAAAAAACGCAGGCGCAAUAAAGGCGGUCAUGUAUCAAAAGUGUAAGUCUGUUUUCGAGGUUGUUCGGAAAGCAAAGUAUAGACCUGGUAGCAUGCCUGACAAAUACAAGUCUUUGGAUGAACAUAUGCAUUUUCCUUGGUUAUCCGAUGAAUUUUGAACGCUCUUCCUCGGACCCGUUGCAAGUGCUGCUCUUUCACACAGUGUUUUUGCUUCGAUGCAAAAUAAAAAGCAUCGAUAAGAUGACGAUGUCUCACAGCAGACGCUUCUCUCGAAAGAAGUACAACGAAAACUGAAAGAAGGAUUCUAGGUCAUCUCCCAGUCUCCUCUUUCAUGAUGAUCGCCUUUCUUGCUUAUCGUUUUCAUCACCACGUUCCUAUCAGUUUCAGUUUCACUGUCAUCUUCAGAACACAGUAGAUCUUUGCUUCACGGCUUCUGCUUCCGGUACUGGAUAUCGGAAUGUUAUUUGCAUGGUAUCGAGGACGAGUUAUUUGUUCCAUUUGCAUAGGUAAAUCUAUUUCGCGAAGGGAAAGUGAAAAAGGCAGAGGAGAAAUGAAAUUUCGGAAGAAGCUGGCGUUGCGCAUCCGCUGAUGUGUAUUCGUAUUUUUAAAAUUUGAUGGCUUUUAUACCCACAACCCUUAAAGUUACACUCAACAUGACUCAGCAGACGAGGCGGCGUGGACGUCACAAAAACCGCAUGAUAGGAAUCCAAAGCCGUGAUCGCCGCGUGUCUGCUAAAUUGAUAUACUUUCUCAGCUAGCCGCGGCCUGAUUCACACCUAAUUAGUGAUAGUACUACCAUUUUUUUUUUACUACACGACAGUCGGCGUGUCAUUUCGUCACCCUCGAUGCGCCCUUACGUGCAUGUAUGAUGAUACAAAAUUACGGUAGAUGUGUUGUUUCAUUGGUUUCAUAAUUUAACGACCAUUUUUGUUUCGAGGCAUGAAAUGCGAGGCC